GCUCGUUGUUCCGGUGGUCGCCGGUUCGCUCUCCUCAUUCGGACCCUCCGGUGCUCCGGUGUCUGAUCCGUCGCCCUCCCGGUUAGAAUCCGCUGAGCUCAUAUUUCGGCUCCUGACAGCAGAUCAUCAUUCUCUAACAACCUGCAGCUCUUCAGCCUCAAACACUCUGAUGAUUUCUGGCUUUUUGCUCUAAACUUGACCUCAAUAAUCUGCAGGUUUUAAAAAAUCAUCCACAUCUUAUUUAAUUUCCUUUUUUUUCUGUCACCAGAAAAUGGAGGAAAUUAAAAAAAAUUACUCUGUUUUUCUUCCAAUUCUGCUCCUCUGAGUUUCUAAUUCUUGCUUUUCUCCCUGUUUAUUAGAAAUAUAAAUAGGUAUGCCCCAAAAUGGAUUCUCAGUUGGCUUCAGUCCUGACCAGUGGCAGCCUGGAUGUCCAAAAUGGCAGCCGGUGUGCAGAGGGAUCAGGCCCGGUGUCAGAUCCGGUUCUGGAGCCGGAGGACCAGACCUCACCCGGUCCAGCAGCAGGUAACCUCCAGUCUGUCAGAGCUGCACUGACCAGCUGGCCUGAUGCUCCAUCAAUCAAUGGGAGGAAGCCAGAGGUGGGCGGGACUUCAGAGCCAGCCUCUCAGGAAACCAGUAAGAUUGGUGGGUUCAGGCAGCCAAUUACAGUCAAGCCAGGAGUGCCUGUUCUGCGCAGCCAGCCAAUAAGGAUCAAAAUUGUGGUUCCCCCACGGUGCAAGAGGCCAAUCACAAACUCUGCCAUCAGCCUGACCAAAGACUUUGCUCGCUCCCCCCUCAGGAGGCCUCUGCUGCUCUCAGCCGACAAACGCAGGAGCAAGAUCCACCUGAGCGCCGUCAGAGAUGAAGCUCAGGUCACGGAGGUCACCUACCAGAAGAACAGAGCCGAGGAGACGCAGAGGAAGAGCAAAGAAAGAGACGUUUUAGACGUCAAGAUCGUGCACUUUGAUGGGUCGGAGGCAGUAAAAAUCCUGAGCCAGCAGAGGAUUAAAGAGGAAAACACAGAGAGGGAAAUAGAGAGAAAUGUUCCUCUGAUUCUGGACUUGAAGUCGUGUUUUGAGGAGGAGCAGACGGAGCCGCUGGACCUGAGUUUACCCAAGAAGAAGGAGAGGUGUGGCGGACGCUUCCUGGAGGAGUCAGGCGGCGAGAGUUCGCUGAUCAUGGAGGUGGACGAAUACGAAGGAGACGGAGACCGAGACGUGGUGGAGGAGGACGACGAUGAAGACUCCCUCCAGCCUCCCUCCUUCCUCCCCACCUCCCUCUGCUCCUCAGACUGUGACACAGAGAACCUCCUGCUCAUCGACGACCAGGGAAUCCCGUACACGCUCAGUCCGGACGGCCUCAAGGUGCCGCAGGUCGAUGCUUCCACGUCGGAGGAUCCAGCAGAACAACCGGAAGCGAAGCCGUCGAGUCCUGCAGGUCCAAGCUGCAGCCAAAGUUCAGAAAAUGCACUAAAUGCACCUUUGGAGGAGUUUCCCUCCUCUCUUGCACCUCCACCCGCGUCUCCAUCAGAAGGCGCCGAGCAGGAAGAUGCAGAUCCAACAGCGGCUCCAGAAGCCGUCCAGCCGCCGCCGCCCUCCUCCCAGAACCUUCAGAUCCUCAGCAACCCUCCGGCCGGCGCCCCCAUCCUUCUCCUGUCCUCCCAGCUCUCCUCCCCCCUGCAGGUCGCCUCCCCCGGUGCUUCCACCCCCAUGCUCCUCCUGCUCUCCUCGGUGCCCUCCUCCUCCGGUGAGUCUACCUCCACGCCCAUCGCCGUCCUCGACCCGGCCACCGGUCAGCUCUCCCAGAUCACGGCAGCCUCGGCAUCCCUCCCCCUGGCGUCCCCCCUGCCUCACCCGGUCAUCAGGCUGAGCCCCAACAACCCCCCUGUCGUCCUCAACAACCCUGUCCUUGCCGUGCCCGAGCACCAGGUCAGCUACGCCGAAUCAAACCCGGGAACUGAAGCCAUGUCUGCCCAAGACGAUGAAAACAAGCCAUUAAGUUUCCCAGCGUCGCCGCCGCUGCCCGCCGUUUCCGACCCGGCUCAGAGCGCGCCAGAAGAGGUCCGGUCUCCGGCGUCAGACUCCAGGUUGGACCCCGCCGACCUCCCGUCUGAACACUUACCUCUGGACGACCACCUGUACUUCUCCAGCUCGGCGGCGCCCCCCUCACCUCCCAUCGGGCCGCUCUUCGCCUCCGGUAAGCUGGACCCACUGGACCCUCUGGACCCUCUGGACCCGUUGUCCCCGGCGUCUCCUGGCACCGUGGGGUCCCGCCGGGUCCUGUACUGCCAGCUGUGCCCGCGGGUCUUCUUUUACCUCUCGGACCUGGAGCGCCACGCCAUCACCCACUCGCAGAAGAAACCUCAUGUCUGCCAGCAGUGCGGGAAAGCCUUCAAACGCUCCAGCCACCUGCAGAGACACAAGCACAUCCACACCGGCCAGAGGAACUUCGUCUGUCCGAUCUGCGCCAAGCGCUUCAGGGAGGCCGGCGAGCUGCAGCGCCACCAGCGGGUUCACACCGGAGAGAAACCCUACCAGUGCCAACUCUGCCACACCCGCUUCGCCGAGCGCAACACCCUGCGCCGGCACACCAAGCGCAAACACCCCUACCACCAGGUCGCCAUGGAGAUGUUGAACGAGAGGCGGGACCGUGGCGGCGGCGGCGGCGGGUCGGCGGUGCAGGACGAGGAAGAAAGCGCCGAAUGGUACAACUCCACUGUGUCCAAUCUGGAAAACUCAGAGUCUGAAACGGAAACUUAACGUCCUCAAAGAAAAGGGAGCGCCUGCAAUAUUUAUUAUUUGAGUGUUUUAAUGUAUUUAUAUGAAUGUAUAUUAUUCCCAUUCCAUUCAAUGGGCCAAAAGUAUUUUAAAGAAGUGAGAAAUCGACGUUUUUAUGAGUUCGGAGUGUCGAUCGGACUCCCAACAAAGCCCCACCAAGUCGCGUUUUCAUGCAAUCCUCGAUUAAAAAGCCUAAAGUGCUCCGAAAAGAAGCUUAUUUAGUUGUACAUAAGAAGAGAACUAUUUGUAAGAGCUGCACUCCUGCACUAUCUCGUACGGAAGAUCCGAUCUUUCCUACCGUCAGAGACACUGUGAGUCAUUUGCACUUGUUUUGUUUUUUUUAAAAUUUUCCACGGUGAAUGAAGACGCUUUCUUCAGUUGCAGUCGUUAAAUCUUCUGUAUUUUAUCCCGUCGGAGUUUGACCAAAUGUUUGACUUUAUUCUAACAUAAGCACUAUAUUCAGAUUGUUUUUUUUAUUCUUAAAAAGAAGAUGUGGAUUAUGUUAACUUAUUGAAAUUAAAUUUUCACAGCGACCAUUGAA